AUGGCGGCGGCGGUAGCGGCCCCACUCGCCGCCGGGUGUGAGGAGGCGACGUCCCCAACCUCCGUUCCAGGUUCUCUGGGUCUGCCUGGUAGCCGCAGUGCAGAGCGAGCCCUAGAGGAGGCCGUGGCCACUGGGACCUUGAACCUAUCUAAUCGGCGCUUGAAGCACUUCCCCAGGGGCGCGGCCCGAAGCUACGACCUGUCAGACAUCACCCAGGCUGACCUGUCCAGGAACCGGUUCCCCGAGGUGCCAGAGGCAGCAUGCCAACUGGUGUCCCUGGAGGGCCUGAGCCUCUACCACAAUUGCCUGAGAUGCCUGAACCCAGCUUUGGGGAAUCUCACAGCCCUCACCUACCUCAACCUCAGUCGAAACCAGCUGUCAUCGCUGCCCUCCUACAUCUGCCAGCUGCCCCUGCGGGUGCUGAUUGUCAGCAACAACAAACUGGGAGCCCUGCCCCCUGACAUCAGUGCCUUGGGAAGUCUGCGACAACUUGACGUGAGCAGCAAUGAGUUGCAGUCCCUCCCAACAGAGCUGUGCAGCCUCCUUUCCCUAAGGGAUCUCAACGUCAGGAGGAACCAGCUCAGCACCCUGCCUGAUGAGCUGGGGGACCUUCCUCUGGUCCGCCUGGAUUUCUCCUGCAACCGUGUCUCCCGCAUCCCGGUCUCCUUCUGCCGCCUCCGACACCUGCAGGUCAUUUUGCUGGAUAGCAAUCCCUUGCAGAGCCCACCUGCCCAGAUCUGCCUGAAGGGGAAACUUCACAUCUUCAAGUACUUGUCAACAGAGGCUGGGCGGCGUGGUGGGUCUGCAUUGGGAGACUUGGCCCCUUCUCGCCCCCCAAGUUUCAGUCCCUGCCCAGCAGAGGAUUUAUUUCCGGGACGUCGUUAUGAUGGUGGGCUGGACUCUGGCUUCCACAGUGUUGACAGUGGCAGCAAGAGAUGGUCUGGAAAUGAGUCAACAGAUGAAUUUUCUGAGCUGUCCUUCCGAAUCUCGGAACUGGCACGGGAGCCUCGGGGACCCAGGGAGCGGAGGGAGGAUAACUCUGCUGACGGAGACCCUGAGCAGAUUGACUUCAUUGACAGCCACGUCCCGGGGGAGGACGAAGAGCGAGGUGCUGCUGAGGAGCAGCGGCCACCAGAAUUAAGCCCUGCGGCAGGGGAUGGGGAGAAGGCAUCAAGCAGCAGGCGGGAGGAACUGGCAGGGGAGGAGCGGCGUCGCCCUGACACCUUGCAGUUGUGGCAGGAGCGGGAGCGGAGACAGCAGCAGCAGCAGAGUGGAGUGUGGGGGGCUCCCAGGAAGGACAGUUUGCUGAAGCUGGGGAUCAAGGCUGCUGGUGGGGUUGCUGCUGCUCAAUCCACCUACAAUGGCACGCCGAAGCCUAGUGCUACUCAACUGGGAGCUUCAGGGGGACAGGGAGCCCCUGCCCCCGCCCCCACCCCCACCUCCCAGGAGCCCCUACCUGUAUCUGGACCAGCGACAGCGCCUGCUUCCCGGCCGCUGGGCUCCAUUCAGAGACCAAACAGCUUCCUCUUCCGUUCUUCCUCUCAGAGUGGCUCAGGCCCUUCCUCCCCAGACUCUGUCCUAAGACCUCGGCGGUCCCUGCAGCUUCUAGAUGAGAAGGAGCUGAUGACUCAGCUGCGCCAGGUCCUUGAGUCAAGGUUGCAGCAGCCCCUGCCUGAGGACCUGCCAGAGGCUCUGGCCAAUGGGGUCAUCCUCUGCCAGUUGGCCAACCAGCUACGGCCUCGCUCGGUGCCCUUCAUUCACGUGCCCUCACCUGCUGUGCCAAAACUCAGUGCCCUCUUGUCUCGGAAGAAUGUGGAGAGUUUCUUAGAAGCCUGUCGAAAAAUGGGGGUGCCUGAGGCUGACUUGUGCUCGCCCUCGGAUCUCCUCCAGGGCACCGCCCAGGGGCUGUGGACCACACUGGAGGCCGUGAAGCGGGUGGGGGACAGGACCCCUCCGCCUCUCUGGCCCCCCUCUGGUCUAGGCGGCUUCAUCUUCUUCUACGUGGUCCUCAUGUUGCUGCUCUAUGUCGUCUACACUUGGCUCCUGGGUUCCUAGGACCUGAAGUCAUCCCACCUCCUACCCCCUUGCCCUCACCCUAUUUCUAUUUAUGACUCCUGUGCAAACCUUGUCCUCCACCAGUGGUGCCUUCAGCCCCUACCAAAGACACUAGUGAACUCCCUCCCCUCACAAAUACUGACCUCAGAGGCCCCACUCUGGUGCCCCCAGAUCCUGGGCUCCCAGCCUCUGGCUACCCUCCUGAGGCCUAGCCCCACUCCCCUCCCUUCAGUGCUGACGGUGCCUUCGAGCCCUCCAUCCCUGCCUCUGCUCCCCCAGAGGGGGUGGAUUUUAACCCUUCUCCUGUGCCCUCCCCCCUGCCGCUUCAGGGGGCUAAAUUAUCUAUAUUUUGUAGAGAGAACUUUAUAUUUGUAGAGAUGCAGGCACCCAGGCUGGGUCCCUGACUCUUGUAUAAACUGUACAGUGGCUGUCUCUGUGUGUGUGUUUGCGUCUGCUCCCGCUGCAGCUGGGUCCAGUCCUGGCUGUGCCUCUUGGGCUCCCUGUGCCAGUCUGCCUACUACUCUAGCAUUUCCUUUUGGAAAUGACAGGUCUCACCCCUUUUCCACUCUCCCCAGCCUUUGCUCCCUGUGUAAUUUACCGUCUGUUAUGUGCUGGCAGCUUCCUUCUGUCUCAUUUGUCCCCAAGCUGGGGGCUUAUUAUCUAGGAUGCCCCAACUUGACCCCCAACAAUUUCAAGGUUCAGCCUGUCAGUCUCCUUUGCCCAGUCUUCUUUAGGGUGUCUCUUACCCCGCCCUCUGCCAAGGGCAGGGAACUGCAUGGAGAUGACCAAGGGAACUUAACCUGGGCCC